AUGCUAAACUCUUCGUCACGUGGUCAAAGUGAACACACCGCGCAGAAUCCUUUAUCUCAAAGAAUUCCUCGUAGACUUAGCCAGGAAACCUUAUCUACCCUAGUGAAUGAUGAUACCCAGGGUGCAACACCUCCAGCUUACGGAGAUAUUGAUACAGGUACAAACUCAGAUUUGCAUUCUUUAACUACAAAUGGUUCCGAUGAAACUAUAUACAAUAGCACCAAGAUUUUCAAUACGCCGAUUUCUAGCUUCACCAAGAGAAGAGAGUUCCCUGUAGUGUCACACUUCAUGUACCCAGGCGCAAUGGUAUUCAAGUCUGUGGAAGACUUGCAACGAUAUAAAUCCCAAUUGAGCGAUACUGCAUCACAUUCUCCAACCCCUGUAUAUCCGAUCUUACAUACUUCUGUACCAGUUUUAGGACUAUUCAAGAAAAAUUCACCAUUUAUGGUGAUCUACAAGUACGACACGGUCACUGGGACCAAAGUUGAGUACUGUAAAGUGUAUUACAAAAUUCUCGAAAACAAAUUGACCUGUUAUAUUCUUGUCUUUGCAAAAGGAAUGGUGUCAUUCGAAAAUCAGAACUCUCCAGUAAUACUUUUAAAUAAUAACUCAUACAAACCUUCGGUAGAUUUUGAAUUCCAGGGCACCAAAGUUAGAAUUACUGGUGUUUCAGGAGCAACUUCGACUUUUGGAUUAAAAACGCUUAUUAUGGAACGCUCGUCACCAAACUUAUCUGAUGGGCUUCAAGCUAAUUUCAAUAAUCAGAAUAUUAUCAAGACAAUCAAAGUCAAUGUUUCCAAAGACAAUCGAUUGGCGCAGAGUCUUAUUUCAAAUAAAUUCAAUCAUCUUGCCUUUUCGAGCUUGAUGAACGAAGCUAGGCAAUUAGUUAAUGUGCCAUUUGCGACAUAUAUAGAUAAUGGAGACAAAAGAAUUGGGUCAAUGCUUGUAAGACAUUGCACAAUCAAUUGCUUAGACGUAGGUGGGAACGAUGGAGAUGAGAUAUCUGAGAAUACCAUGAUCCUCACCUGCAUUAAUUUGGUUUUGAGAGAACAAGAGUAUAGAAAGAACAAGGGAAAUAACAAGCCCACAUUUGUUAGCUCGGGCGCAAUGCUGCAAACUACAGAGCGAAAUACAUUCCUACAGUCGACCUCAUACAAUGCAAGAGACUUUUAA